AUGGCCUCCAACAUCCAGGAGAUUCGCUUUCGGCGACCUCUAUCCGCAAAGCCGACGCCUGUCGAGAAACCCAAGAACCGGCAUAGUGGGAUCCUGCAGGACAAGCUGCGAAGGUCGCAAAAGGCGCCAUGGUGUCCGUCGUUUUCCACGGCAGUAAAGAUAUUCCUACUCGUCCGGGUGGCGGGUGCAAUGUACUCGAAUAUUCAGGACUGUGACGAAGUGUUCAAUUUUUGGGAGCCCUUACAUUACCUCGACCGAGGGUACGGAUUUCAGACAUGGGAGACCUCUCCCGUGUACGCUAUCCGUAGUUGGGCGUACAUCUUCAUGCACCUCCUACCCACAAAGCUGGCGACAACGCUCAUAGGCCCAGAAAAGAGGCCUGCGUUUUUUGCUAUCCGGAUCUUUCUAGGCAUGAUUUCAGCGGUCUGCGAGACAUACCUCUAUAGAGCGGUGGUAGACAAGAUCAACUAUCGGGCCGGACGGUACCUUCUCUUCAUGCUCCUCUUCAAUGCGGGAAUGUGGACAGCGUCAACGGCGUUCCUCCCGUCCUCCUUCGCCAUGUAUGCGAACACUGUAGCAUACGCUUUCGUAAUCGAGCCAACAAACAAUACGAAUAUACGUAGAACGCUCUUCGCGACCCUGGCCUUCGCAGCCGGUGCAAUUGUCGGAUGGCCAUUCUCCCUCGCUAUCGCUAUCCCGUUCGUCUUCGAGGAACUGUUUAUAUACGGAACUGACAAGGUCACAUCGGAGAAUAAAACCACUUGGACCAUCGCCCGAUGGACAAGAAUGCUCAAAUGUGCCGCGACCGCUGCAUUGCUACUUGUCCCGGUUGUCGCCUUGGACACGGUCUUCUACGGCAAGCUCACGAUCGUCCCUUGGAACAUUAUCAAGUACAAUGUCUUCCCCGACGAGCAGCGCGGGCCGGACCUGUAUGGCACGGAACCCGCUAGUUUCUACAUCUCGAACCUCCUCCUAAACUUCAACGUAUUGGUCCCGCUCGCACUGGCAUCGAUCCCGGCACUAGCUAUUACAUACGCUUUCGACCGCAAGCGUCUUGGCGAGCGCACGAUUUUCGUAGACCAGAGCUCUCCGUACACCCUCAUGGUGAUCAGGCUCAUUCCAGUGUAUCUCUGGUUGGGCGUCAUGACUGCUCAGAGUCAUAAGGAGGAGCGCUUCCUCUUCCCUAUAUACACACUCAUCUGCUUCAAUGCUGCGAUCACGGUAUACUUGAUGAGAGGCUGGUUGGAAGUGGCGUACGUACACGUCACAAAGUCGCCGUAUCGGGCAUCUCGCGCGACGCUCUUCGGCAGGUUGACACUUUCUAUCGUAUCCGCGUCGUGCAUUUUGUCGAUCUCCCGGAUCAUGACCCAGUGGAAGUACUAUCACGCACCCCUCACGAUCUUCCAUGCACUCGAGGCCGACGAGAUUCCUCGUAUACUCAACACCACGGGACAUGUGUUCAUACCACCGCCGACAAACGAUACGAGACGCAUCGAAGACGACGAGCGCUACCCCCGAAUCGAUCCCUCGUUGGUUAAAGAAUUGGGCCUGCGACUCUGCGUAGGCAAGGAGUGGCACCGGUUUCCAGGGCAUUACCUCGUGCCCGAUGGCGUGCGCGUUGAAUGGAUAAAGAGCGAGUUUGACGGGAUGCUUCCUGCUCAUUUCGUCGAGACGCCCAAGGCAUGGGGUAUCCCGGCGAGAACGCAAGGCACCAGGGUCGUCCCAUCUGGGCUGAACGACCUGAACAAGGAAGCACCAGAACUCUACGCGGACGUAUCGCAAUGCGACUAUCUCGUCGAUCUGGACUUCCCGUUGCAUCCCAUUGAGUCCCUUCACGAGCCGCGUUACGCCGUGGAUGAGACAACAUGGGAUCGGGUCAAGUGUCUGCCGUUCCUCGACGCACGUUACUCGUCGACGCUGACCAGGACAUUAUGGAUGCCUGGUCAGAUGUGGCAACGAAACAAUGAGUAUGGGGACUAUUGUCUACUGAGGCAUAGGGAAAAUGUGAAGAUCAAAGAGCGGAUGAUGACGCUGAAAAAGGACGUGUAG